UGGCGCAAGCGAGGUAGACGCGGAGCUGAGCAGCUGUGCCGGGGUUUUAUAUAUAUAUAUAUUUUUUUGCAUUUACGUUACAGGAGGAUUUGUGGGGAACCCUCGGUUGGAUUAUCCUCGUUAUCAGACAAGAUGAAAGCCGUUUCGCUUACCCUUCUCUACCUGGGUUCGGUGUUGUUCUUCGGAGUAGAUGCAACCAAGCUGGAUAUUGCAUCAAACUUCAAAAGGAAGUGGACCACAAAGUUGCUGAGCCGAGUCAGGCGGGACCUGCCAGCUCGGGUGGCUGCUGAAAGCUUGCAUUGGAACCUGCCAAAGCAAGUGGCUGAUCCAAGGGUGCAUUCUUUCAUCCGCACCCAGGAUGUGAAAGACAUCCUGCAGCAGCCCAGCCUGGAGAGCAGACGCAUCCGUGUGAAGAGAGAACCGGCUUGUAAAUUGUCGAUAUGCGUCACUCAGGACUUAGUCAAGCGGCUCAACCAAUGGACUGACAGUUCCAAGGACCUCUCUGCUCCUCCCAAGAAGCUCACCAUAUCAGGCUAUGGGCGCAGGCGGCGCUCUUUCGCUUUCUUGGUCCAAGGGUAGGAGUUCACGGCCAGUUUGAUUGAGUUGGAGUCCACUUUGAUGCAAAUCUAUGUGCUCCCAAACUUGGAGAGGAUAAAAAGAGUUGCUGCAGCCCCCUGAUGGCGAAAAGGGGGAACGGGCAAAUGCCCUCCAAGGACUCAGGCUUUAGGCUACGGCAGGAACAGGUGACCAAACUUUGCACCCCUCCCUAAGUAUCUUGUGGAAUAAAGACUGGAUGGAAGCUACAGAGGCACUCUUUUCGUCAAGUUAGGUGGUGAUGGUGCUGCUGGUGGCUGGCUCUUCUCUACUUCGGGGUGACUGCCCUCCCUUUUCCCCCCACAUGGCAUGGAAUUGGCAGGUCCUUCUCUCAGGAGGGGCGUCUUGAUACUUGAAUGAUCUGGCCUGGCAAAGUGCAAUGGACUAUAAUGUGUGUGAGGUGAUUUCUGGCUGCGAUCAAGUAAGGAUGAGUGAGUGAGUGAUUGCCGAUGAGAGAAAUCAAUCCUAUUUAAACAAGUGGUGUUCUGUUCUUGUAUUCUUUUUAAUGACAGAGAUAUUUUUAUAUUAUAUGUAUAGACAUAGAUUAUAUUGCUUAUGGGCAUUAUUUUUUUAAUUCCCAAAAUUUCGUUUUCAACUUUUAGUUUUCAUCGGUGGGAUCACCCGCUGUAACAGUUUUAGGGGAGGAAAAGUGCUUUUUUUAGAAUUGGCAGGAUGUGCUGUUUAGGUUAAAUUUCAUAAUGAAGAACUCUAAAAUAUUUCACAUCCACAAUGUUUAACCUAAGCAUCUUUCCUCUAAAAUAAACCCUCUUGAGUUUUGGUGGAGGUGGCUUUCCUGUAAAGAUCUGUAGGACUACAGCCUUUUGUUCUAAUGUGUAAUUUUAUGAUUCAGUUAUACUUUCUGUAUGAAAAGUGCAUUUUGUAAGCAUCAAGGAAACCGAUGGAAAACAAGCUACUUGUCAGGAGUGCAUUGAAAUGUGCAUCCUGUAGUUUUCACUGUAUUUAUAUUAGUCUGUUUGCCCCAUUUGAUGAAGUUAUAUUGCCAAUCUCUCCUAGACCAAUAUGUGAAAGAAAUAAUAAAUCUUAUUGCACAAAAA